AUGGAGACACAGAGCCUCUCAUUUUGGACGGCUUCAAGCGGCCUGGUGGUGCUCCCUGUCUUGUUUUGUCUCCUCAGCAAGUCUAGAGGAUCAUUAUCCUGGUUAGCUGGCUUGCUACCAGUUGUCCUUGCCGCCCUCUGUUUCUCCUGGCUCUACAUCGUUUCGGCCGUCGUCCCAGAGCCCUACCUGGAUGAAGUUUUUCAUAUUCCUCAAGCGCAAAAGUACUGUGAGGGCAAGUUUCUGGAGUGGGACGACAAGAUCACAACGCCUCCAGGGCUUUAUCUUCUUUCCCUCUUGAUCCCAGGAGUAGUACGUCCGAAUGGAUCUCUUGGGGGCUAUGUCUGCGAUGCAAGCAGUUUGCGAGCUGCCAAUGCUGUCGCCCUGAUGUUGCUCGCCUAUUUGGCUCUGCAAUGUCGCCAUCAGAUUGAGUCGCGUCUGUACGAAGCGCACUCCUCGAUACGAUUGCGCGUUCAUUCACAGUACGCACUUCACACCGCGUUCAACAUUGCGCUCUUCCCACUCCUGUUCUUCUUCUCAGGGCUGUAUUAUACCGACGUGGCUUCGACAGCCGCUGUAUUGGUAGCAUACCUGAACCACCUCAGACGCCUUGGACGAGAUCAGAGCUCACCCCUGAACGAUCUCUUGACGGUCGUUCUUGGGGUUUUCACCUUGUUCUUCCGCCAGACGAAUGUGUUUUGGGUGGUUGUCUACAUGGGCGGCCUAGAGGCGGUUCACGCUAUCAAGACAUUGCGACCAGAGCGGGUUGACCAGCCGUCCAUGUCCUCUCUUGUUGAACAGGUCAAGUACUAUCUAUGGAGGUACUCGCUUGGAGAUAUCCACGACCCUCCGCUGAAUCUGCUCUGGCCAGAUGAGGUGAUCUUUUGCGUUCUAAGCCUAGGCAUCGCAGCGCUCUGCAACCCUAUCCGCGUCAUCAGGCAGAUCUGGCCAUACGUCGCCGUCCUCGUAUCUUUUGGGUCAUUUGUCUUCUGGAACGGCGGAGUUGUGCUCGGGGAUAAAUCCAACCACGUCGCCACCAUUCAUCUGCCGCAGAUGCUCUACAUCUGGCCUUUCUUUGGUUUCUUUUCCCUGCCUCUUCUCGUUCCUUGCGCCCUCCCCUUUAUCAACGCCCUGAUCCGAGUGAUCCCAAGGAAGUCGCCCAGCUCUACCGCCACGCCAGUCGUUGGAACAAGAGUUGGCAAAGGGAGCAAAUCUCGAAGCAGUGGUAGUUCCAAAAUCAAGACACCCACCAGGGCUUCAGGAACUGGAGCUCCAGACACCACGCCCCCCGCUCUUUCGGCGCCCCUACAGAUGGCAGACUUCAUCUUCAACUCCAAGAUCCUCUGGCCAAUCUACAUCCUCGCCACAAUCCUUCUCUCUAUCGCCGUGGUUCGGUACAACACCAUCAUCCACCCCUUCACUCUCGCCGACAACCGUCACUACAUGUUCUAUAUCUUCCGGUACACAAUCCGCCGAGCAUCCUGGAUCCGAUAUGCUCUGAUCGUGCCAUACACAGUGGCUCGCUGGAUGACUUGGGACGUUAUGGCUGGCUGUUCGCCCAUGUUCUCCAUUGGCAGCAGAAAUACUUGUUCGUUUCGCUACAUGGUUUCGGAAGAGGCGCCUUUCAUGAGCAAUCCUUUCUGGAUCAGACGUGGAGCCUCGGCUCGGCAGACUGAUGCUCCCUUUCCUGCGGUCAUCGAGGAAACUUCCCCUGAGGCCCGAGCCGAGGAGCAGGAACUGAGCCAAGCUUUAGAAGAGGACCCCCUCUUGGCUUCUAUUGAGCCAGCUUGCACAUCCACGGGUCUCAUUUUUCUACUCGCCACGACGUUAUCUCUCAUGACAGCGCCUCUGGUUGAGCCGCGGUACUUUAUCAUCCCGUGGGUCAUGUGGAGGCUAUUGGUGCCGGCAUGGAGACUGCACAAUCAUGAACCUAACAGCUUGGUCGGAAUCUUGAUGUUGUCAAAGCUGAGGCCUGUGGUGAUGGCUUUCAGGCACUACGAUGUGCGUCUCAUUCUGGAGACGGGGUGGUUCAUCGCCAUCAAUGUCGUCACUGGGUACAUCUUCCUCUGCAAGCCUUACUUGUGGAAGGCCGAGGACGGAACGUUGCUCGACGAAGGUCGACUGCAGCGCUUCAUGUGGUAG